AGGCAACUUGUGAUUUAUUGCCUAUCAGAAAAAUGAAUUAUUGCUUUUUCUCUGUCGCGGUGUCUGUCUGCUCUCUCUCUAUCCCGUCUUGUCUCUCCCGUCGUAACACACACAGCACAUAACUUCACCCGUUUAGAAAACCCCGGUUUUCCUGAAUAGCGGAAUAAAAAUAUUCCCCCUUUGUUUUUCCCAUAAUCCCUGGGUAAUUUUGCUAAAGACAAGGCUGAGAACAAGGUGUGCAAGGAAGCGGGAACGAAUGUGUGUAUGAGAGAGUGGAUGCUUCGGCAGUUACAGUGUCGACGCGGGCCGCUAUCGUGGCCAUGGCAGCUUGAUGAUGAUAGAUGCGAAAUUAAUGAUGAUGAUGGCAGCAACUAAUAAUCUGACUAGUCCGUCACUGAGCACCACGACCAGUGCGGCAGUACAGUCUUCCUCGUCUAGUCCUCUUGGACUCUAUGCUCCCCAUACGCCGAGCUUUAACAAAAUAGAUGCGGAUUUAUCAUCACCACCACCAUCGCAAUCGCAAUGUACGGUACCUUUUUACACGGUCACGCCGACCUCGGUCCUCCAUCAUCUUCCGCCAUCCGGGAUCGUCUUCCCUGACAGCCAGCAGUCGGCCGGUCCACACUGUACCCACAUUGAUAACGGUUACCCCGCCCCGGCCCCGCCCUACAGCAGUCCCCCCUUCGACAGUAAGGAUCUGCCGGUCCUCACCAAGCGCAACACCACCUCACCGCCGCCCGCCACCUACACCGGCACCAGCGGUUUCCAUCCGGCCGUCAAUGGCCGGCCCACCGCCGCGGGCCAACCGAAGACGGCCGCUAAGGUGAAGCAGCAAGCAGCCGGCAAAGCCGUCCCGCAUAGCCGGUAUCAGUGCGAUGAGAACAACAGCAGCAACAGUAUAGUGUGCAAUCAAUCGGCCGUGCAACAGCAACAGCAGCAGCAGGCGGGUAACUAUACGGAUUUACUGCCUCCCCCCUCGCACGCCUAUUACAGUCCCCCCGAGUCAGCCUAUCUCCCGGUUGCGUCGAUGCCCUAUUAUUCCUGUCAGGCUGCCGGCACUACUCCUGAUUUUCCUUCUCCACCCCUAGGGGCGCCCCAUAACACCGCGUGGAGUUAUGAGCUGCUGCCGGACGGUGGCGGACACACCGGGAAUAUGAUCUAUCCCUACGCGGAUAACAACGUCCCAUUCCAGGGCAACGACUACCCGGCACACCACGCCGCCCAACCGCCCCCGGUACGCCACUACCCGCACACCCAGCCCCUGGCCUACCCCUUCACGAACCCUCCCCUGCCGCAUCCCCACCAUCCCAAAUACCAUGACCCUUAUCUCCACCACACCAACGCCCCGACGGCGGCCAACGUCGUCUAUUCCACCAACACCGCCUCCAAUACUCCCGAGCGAUCUCGCACUUAUCAGUAUAUGUACGACGUCGGCGCCGUCCCGCCGGUGCUGUACGGCAAGCACAGUCCGGAGCUGGAGAUGGGCGGGUACGAGGACGGCGGGGGCACCGAGCCGGUGGACUACAGUCAGCUGCAGUCCAUGCAGCAAGCCCCGCCUCCGCAGCAGCAACAACAGCAGCAGUUGUCGCCGCAUAAUCAGCCGACGAAAAAGGCCCCGACCUACAAAUGGAUGCAGGUCAAACGCGGCGCAACCAAAGUGGCCGGUUACCCGGGCGGUGGCGGCGGAAAUGGCCUGGGCAGUAUUAAAGGAAACGGCGCCAUUAAGGCCGGCGAGCUGAAGCAGGAAGUGGGCGCCCUGCAGCACAGUCCCGUCGUAGCCCUGCCGCCGGAUGCCGGCGUCCCGCCCCCGGCCGGCAUGCCCAUUAACAAGAACAUCCAGAUCCUGUCUAACGGCACCGGAAGGACCAAUUUCACCAUCAAACAGCUAACGGAGCUGGAGAAAGAGUUCCAGUACAACAAGUAUCUCACGCGUGCCAAACGCAUCGAGAUCGCUAACCAGCUCGGAUUAAACGAGACCCAAGUCAAGAUAUGGUUCCAGAACCGGCGUAUGAAGCAGAAGAAACGUCAGAAGGAGGCCGGCCAUUUCCUGUCGGCCUCGCCGCCGUCCACGGUGCCGGGCAGUCUGGGCGGCCUGGAUCAUAUGGCCGACAUGGCCGUGGUGGAUUCCGUGUAGAAACCGGGCGCCUGCGUCGUCCGCACGUGGCGCCCCCUGUGCAUUCCCGUAUCCCCGUGCUAACGUGUAUAAUUCUCUCACUCGUACUUUCCUGUGUAAUUCGGAAUUCCAUGGAAGCACUCUAAUGUUCAUUGACUAUAUAUGAAGGUGUUUUAACGCGGCGCGAGCUGUACAAGGUUUAUUUUCCUUUUCUAAGAAGUUGAUUAUUCCGUUUUCUGUUUUUCAGUAUGUUAUAAUUAUAUUUUCUUUGUGAUUAUGUGCAACGAGAUUACACCUGUCACUGUGCAAAGCUGGGAUUUCGCACCGAGUUUACGGACUAUUAAAAUCA